GGAUGGAAACGACCGAUUCAAACCGAUACGAUAGAAUAGGCCCUUUGUAGAAUGUCAAGCACGGUACCCGGUAGCGAUGGACAAGGACCAGUGAAAAAGUCCACCGAGAAAGCUGAGCGCAAGCGAGACCGCCCGGACGGUGUUGGUGGCUCCACCGGAAAAGGAGGCAAUACCAACAAGUUUCAGCGUAAACCAACCGAUCGUCAUAUGGUUAGAAAUCGUGUACUUCCAAAGUACUUUACGCGCGAGAACGACAUCUACGUGACAUACAAAUCCGAUUUUACGUAUCAAUUUAAAACUUGUCUCGAUAUCCUCAACUCUCCAAUUGGGGAGGUGUUUCUCCACUGCACUGGACGCGCGAUCAAUCGGGGCAUAAAUCUAGCGCUUAGGAUAAAGGCAGAAUUUCCCGAAGCGUUCGAGUACGAGGUAAACACGUCCCAGAUUGCCAUUACGGAUGAUUUGCAUCCGCUGCACGACGAGGACGACUUUAUGGUGCAGCGGCGCAUGAACUCCUGUCUACACAUACGAAUGUACCGCACGAUUAAGGUGAAACCAUCGGCAGGAGCGGAAGAGGGAACACUCAAAACAAACUAA